AUGCUUUUGAGUACGAUUUGGGUUGGAAAAGGUCAUCCUGACAUGAAUCUGCUGUUAGAUCCUGUUAUCACCGAGUUAAAUGAACUGUAUGAAACUGGUAUUACAUGGUCUUCUGAUGGAGUAAAUUCAAAUACUAGUAAAUUUGCAGUUUUAAUAUGUAGCUCAGAUUCUGUUGCCUGUCCAAUGAUUCUCAAUAUGAAGCAAUUCAAUGGUGAAUAUGGUUGCACAUUUUGCUAUGCUUCUGGGCGUCGGUUAGCUAAGAAAAUGGUGUACCCCUUUGAGCGAAUUAUUGAACACCGUAAUAAUGAUGAUCUUAUCUCCCAGGGGCUAAGAGCUUUUAAAUCUCAAGCGCCUUAUUUAGGAGUCAAAGGACCAACAAAUUUGACAUUAUUGCCACUGUUUGACUGCAUAGAUGGAAUGGUUGUUGAACCGUUACUCAAUGUUUUUCUGGGCGUAACAAGACAAUAUGCACUACUGUUAUUCGCUGAGGAUCCGAAAGCACCAUAUUACAUUGAAAAACCGUGUCAUUUACGACGUAUCAAUCAGCGUCUAAUCAGGUUAAAGCCACCGAAUCGAAUAUCUCGAAGACCAAGAUCAAUAUACAGCAUAAAACAGUGGAAAGCCUCCGAAUGGAGAAAUUGGUUGCUGUAUUACUGUCUACCAUGCUUGGAAAACAUCUUAAAACCGAAGUAUAUGAAGCAUUUAGCAAAGUUAUGUCAAGCUAUAUACAUAUACAAUUCAGAUUCAAUAUCCUUUAGUCAGUUACAAGAAGCACAAACUCUCUUGCAAGAUUUUGUUUCUGAUUUUGAGGUUUUAUUUGGCAUCGAAAAUAUGUCGUUUAAUGUUCACUUGCUGCAUCAUAUACCUACUACAGUUGAAAAUUGGGGGCCAUUGUGGUGUUAUAAUGCAUCAGUAUUUGAGUCCUGGAAUAAUAAAAUUUUAAGCGAAAUAACUAGUCCGAACGGAAGAGAAAUUCAAAUUGCUUCGCGAUUUAUGACGAAGAAAUAUAUUGAAAAUGUAUGCUAUGAUGAUACCGUUAACACUAUUACUCAAACAUUUGUUAAAAAUAUUUUUGAACGCAGAAAAGUAUUUGAUGACACUGAUCGUAAUCAUAAUUUUAAAGGUCUUGGCGCGAAAAAAAGAAGAAAAAUUAAAAAAUGGGAGUACAAUGCUUUGAAAAAAUUUGGCUAUAAAAUCAAAAUUCUCACGAAAUUUAAGAAAGCUUUAAUAAAUAAAAUUGAUUUUCGAUCAAUACAGCAAGUAAAAUCUCAUAGCCAUUCUAAGCUUUCUGUCUUUAGAAAAAAAAAUUCAAUAAUACUGGUGUUUUCAACAAAAAUAUUGGGUUCGGUGUCAUUCGAGGUAUUGUUGAAUUUGAAUAUAAUGAUGAAAUCAUUCGUGGUAUCUUCAUUGAAAAACUUAAAUGCAUUCGAGCAAUGUAUAACACUAGCUACAUUUUCAACGUCAACUUGA